AUGCUGCCUGCACUCCUGCUGCUCGCAACAACCGCCCUCGCGCUUCCCACUGCUCCCCGCGCCUUCCUCGACGACAACGUCCUGAUCGAGCGGUCCGCGACGCUCGACCCGCGACAGCUCGCAGAUAUCCCGCAGGGAGUCCAGCUCCUCGACUACUGGCCUCGCAUUACGUCGCCUCAGAAGGGAGACGUCUUUCAGGCCGGCGGGCAGCUCCUCUUGAGUUGGAACAACACCAAGCCAGACAUCCCCGACAACCAGAUCCACAAGUCUUCGCCCGUGAUCCUUGGCUUCCUCGACGAGUCGAACCCCGGCAGUGGGUACAACCUCGACGUUCAGCACCCCCUCGGCAACGUCUCUUUCUACUCCGGCUCAGGCUCGGCUUCCCUCCCUCUUCCCGCCGACCUCGCAACCCGCUCGACCUACCUUCUCUUCCUCGGUUCGACGUCGAACAUCUCUCCCCUCUUUACCAUCAACGCGGUCGCCUCCUCGUCGAGCUCCGCUGCUCCGUCUUCCUCCUCGUCCUCUGCCGCGACUUCGUCCUCCUCCGCACCGGCACACAUCCAGUCGCAAGGUCUUACCGUACACUUCCCGAACGGCGAGACGACCGUCGUCGGCGUCUCAUCCACCUCCUCCGCAUCCUUCUCCUCGGAGACCUCGCUUGUCGACAUCAACGCGCCCGCGUCCUCCUCGUCCUCUUCCUCUACCGCUCCCGCCACCUCUCCCACUGCCGCACCUUCGUCAGAGGCGCCCUCGUCGACAGCCUCCUCGUCCAGCUCCAGCUCGAGCUCCGCAUCUUCCGCAGUGUCAUCAUCCUCGGCCGCCAACAACAACGCACCCUCUCCCGCCGCCGCCGCAGCAAGCGCCACGCCGUCCAAGACGAGCGGCGCGAGCCUCUCGGGCAACUCGCUCUCCAGCCUCGCCGUCGGCGCGGCAGCAGCAUUCGCGGGCGCCUUGGUCCUGGUGAUCUAA